UAGGUAUGGCAGAAGCAAACCCUCCUAUCCGUGGGAAGAAACCAAAGAAGAGAACAGUAAACCCGGAAGUAAAGGACAAGAUCUUAGAGCGAGUAGCUCGGGAAGAGAAAGCGUUGCGGAUAGUAGAGCGACUAAUUGACAACCCCGUCUCCUAUCAGUUACUAAACAAAUCUCUGAGGUUCAUCAAUCAGAGUGUUUACAAUGACAUUGUUGAGGAACGGUCAAUAAUAAAAAACUGCGGAUAUCCCCUCUGCCAGAAUAGCCUUCCCAAAGUAAUCAGAAAACAAACUUAUGCGAUAAAUGCAAAGUUGAACAAGGUUUACAAGCUUGAAGAAAGAAACAUGUUCUGUAGUUCAACUUGUUACAGCUACUCUAGGAAUCUACGAGAUCAGCUCUCUAUUGAGCCCGUGUGGCUCAUACCAAAGUCUGCUCACUCUAACAUUAAAAUAGUUCCCCUAAAAGCUGAAGAAUCAGAUGACGAGGAACUGCCUAGAAACCAGAAAAUAGACGAGAAGCAUCUUCACGAGGAGGUGGCUAGUAAAACACCAGUAACUAUUAAAGAGCAUGCCUAUCCUGCACCAGAGACACAACCUUCUUCCCGUGAGAUAAAACCAAUGGAAAAUAUCAUGGAAUCUGUACAGGGACAGUUUUCAUGGCUGGAUUUAAACGACAAUGAUGAUGUUUCUGAGGACGAAUCAGAGACAACUAAUCGUAUUCCAGAACUAUCUUUUGUUGGAACUAUAAGACAUUGUCUGACUCAGUGGAGAACUAGUCAGUCCUCUGAUUACUUGUCAGGUACUUUGUCCACUGUAACCACUCCAGACGACCUAGAGGAGGACGAUGACUUGGAGGGUUUGUUGGAUGACGAUCUGAGGAUAUCUCAGAUUGAAAAUAAAGCUCCAUUACCAGAUAUAACCGAUCUUAAAGAUGACUCUAUCAAGAUAGAAGAGAACAGUGCACCAAAAGAGCCGGUUUCUGCAAUACAUUUACCCAAGAUAGACAGCAUCAACCAGGUGCAACAAAGACAGAGUAUCGUAAUCUCCAAACUUCAGCCCGCGAUAGAGAGGAUAUUGUGUAAAACUAACUUCAGAUACGGUGAGGUCUCCUCGGUGAUGAUAAAGCUGGUCUCGUGUCUCAAUAUAAGUAGUCUCAACUGUAUGUUUACUGAGAAACAGUCUUUAGUUAUCUCAGCCACCUUACUUUCGUUAUCAUUCCCUCUGUUGUCAGUACUGAAGAAAGUUUUAACGAGAAACAGUUUAAUAAUUUCCUUUGGGAGCAGGUUAAUGAUUUUGUACCUAAAGAAAAAGAGUUUUUGGAACUUUGUAACUUGUUUAGGUGAUGUUGAGUUUUAAACAACAACAUUCAGUUGUCCAGUGAUAUUGGUAUUAAUAUUAAUUAACUCAGCACCUUACAAGUAAAUUAUUCUUUUAAUUUAAUAAGUCAAUAGUUGGGUGGAACGUACUAUAUACGAGGCUUUUUAAUGAAUUCAUUUACAUUCUUCCGUUAUUUUCUGUUAUUCUACGUA